AUGUCAGCAGAUUCGACAGCGGGUCUCGUCAUUAACAUCAUCACAUUCCUGAUUGGUUUUCCUAAUACUGUGCUGGCGUUCUGCUCAUGCAUUCGCAAGAUUCACAGUAAACCUCUCCCUAUUGACAUAUUCAUGUUGAACCUCACUGUUUCUGACCUCAUCUUUCUCACUUUCUUGCCUGUCAAGAUUAAAGAGGCUGCAGAUGACAUGGUUUGGAACAUGCCCUAUAUCCUGUGCCAUUUCAAUAUGUUCAUGGUCUUUAUUCCUUUGCAUACCACCAGCCUGUUCUUGGCUGCAAUAAGUGCUGAGCGCUAUGUGUGUGUACGAUUUCCAGUUAAGUAUAAAAGUCAAAGAAGAAACCUCUAUACGAUAUUAAUAUGUGUCGCCAUCUGGGUGCUUGUUAUAAUAGUAAUAGUAUUUGCUCACGAGGCUGCAUACACAAAUCCUGAAAAGAAAGAACCUCUGAGAUGUUACAGAGACUUCACUCCAACACAGCUGAGAAAUCUUAAUGAAGUACGUCUGGCUGUUCUUGGGCUAUUUAGCUUGACACCUUUCAUCAUUUACUGCUUCUGUUACAUUAAUGUCAUCCAUAUUUUGUUGAAGCUUCCUCUCAUUAACCGCUGUCGCAGGCUCCGGGCGAUUGGGCUGGCUUUGGGGACAUUCCUUUUGUGGACAGUUUGUUACGCUCCUAUCAGUGUAUCAUACAUAGUUGGCUACAUCAGAAAAGAAGAUCCAAAGUGGCGUACAGAAGCUUUAAUGCUGACUACUUUAAAUGCAUGUUUUGAUAUUAUUAUAUUUUUCUGUAUCUCAAAGGAGAUGAGAAAGGCAGUCGGUGUUUGUGCAAAUGCUUUCUUUCAGUUAUAUGUAUACUCAAAGAGGUUUAUGUUGUUGUGUCCUUAA